AUGGCUUAUCCGACAGCGCCGCCUUUGUUGCUCACACGUCGCCUCUCCUCCUUCCUGCAUGCGAGUCUCGAAUCCCUCCAAGAACACAAGGACCAGCAGACAGCAAGCGCCACACUGCAAACUGCCCUCUUAGUCACGCCGUCUGGCAACCUGCUCGCAUACGAAUCGCCUCUGCCGGUGCGCACAUUGCGUACACACUGCUCCGUUGCGGCAUCUCUUUGGACAAUUCAUGCGUCGUCGUCUCCCUCUGUUGCCGUGGCCCUCGGACAGACAGCGCCCGUGACCAAACCGCCACCCGCACCUCUGUCGUCGCUUUCCCUUCUACCCUCAAGUUCCACCGGAGACAUUGCCAGCCCGGUUGGAGAGGAUCAUGAGGAGGAUCGAUAUCAUGAUGGCAGUUCUCCUGUAAGCAUAGCGGCUAGCUUCAAUGGCGGCGCUGUCUUCGUUGUCCAACGACUGCGCUGCGGGCUUUUGUUCGCCUGUUCGACACCGUCCCCCAGCGGUCACGGAUCUCGUCCCUCGACAGCAGUCGAUCCAGCGGGUACACUAUCCGUGAUCGAUCCCACACGACCCUCACCUACGCCAAGUCACUCUACAUCCACCACAGCACAGUCAUCUCUGCUGCCACAGUCCACGCUUCCAAGAUCGGCCCCACCACUAUUGCGUGUGGCAACAGCAACAUCUCAGAGCCACGCUUCAGUUUCGUCGGCAUUUUCACCGUCAGACUCGCCUACGCCUAUCAGCAUGCCACUACAGCAGAUACCCGAUGGAGCUGGAAGCUUAGUUCCUGGUUCUUCCGCCCGGACCGCCGCUGCUGCCGAUACUUAUGAAGCUGAUCCCUCCAGCAGCCAUGGUCGUGACGUGGUCCAGAGCAGAGACACAGACCGCGCCGCAAAUGCCGACGUGGCAUCCAUGACGACCACGGGGACGACGACCACAACAGUUGGUGGUGGCAGCAAAAAGGGGUCUGUCGCGGUAACCCUGGCGAUUGCACGACGGCAAGUGGACGAGCUGGCGCGCCUACUGGACGAAAAGCUCGGCUCACUGUCCGUGCCGGAAGAUAAUAUAGGCAUUAACGGAUUCUGCUGA